AUGUGCCUCUUAUUUUUUCAAAAAUAAAUAAACUUCAAAAAGAAAAAGAAGAUGAUGAAGAUAUUAUUUAUUCUGUAACAAAUGAUAAUAUUUUUAACAUGCCAAGAUAUUCAAGAAUUCCUAAAGAAAAAAAAAAAACGAAAUGGCAAUUAUUUGCUGAGAAUAAAUUAAGAAUGAAAAAAAAUAAAAGUGGAUUAAUUUAUGAUAAAGCAUCCAAAGGAUGGGUUAGACGUUUCCAGAAAAAACAAAUAAAAUUAAAUGAACAGAAAAAUAAUUUUGUACAUGAAUAUAAAAACAAAGAAGAUAUUUAUGAAGAUCCAUUUGAAAAAGAACAAGAAGAAAAAGAUAUCAAAAAAAUGAAACAAAAAAUGAGGGAACUCAAAAAUAAAUUUGAUCAAAAGGGUAUUUCUACAGAAGAUAUUAAAUAUAUUCAAAGACAAAAAAGAAAAAGAGAAAAUCUUAUUGACAACCUUAAAAUGGCACAAAUUUCUUCCUCAACCUUUGGACGUAAGGAUAAAAAAUUGAAGAAGGAAAAAAAAUUGAAAUUGCAGAAUGAUAAAAUAACCAACCAGAAAUAUGAAAAACGAGAUCUUAAAGAUGAAGUAAAACAAAAUAAUAGAUUAGCAGCUCUUGUUUUAAAAUCGGUAUAA